UGAGUCACGAGAGAAAAUAAAAGGGUUUACUUACCUUUUUACCUUCUUUCAUUCAUUAUAAUUUUUUCUACAAAAAAAGAAAAAAACCACAAGGAAAUUACAUGAAAAAAGUGUGAUAAUUAUUUUGGCAUGAGUGUUAUUGGAGAAAUAAUUUUUAUAUCAUCUGUAUAGAGAAGUCAAUUUUUUUGAGAGCUGGUGUAUUUUUAAAGCUGUCAAUUUUAUAUAUCAAUCACCAAUGGCCGGGCUUAAAGACUCGUUUCAUUGGCUUUCGCCGGUUCGAUUGGCAUGACAUUUGUAAUACUUGGUUGUGCCCUUCCCUCUUAUCAAGUAUGGUGGCCAUUUUUUGUCGUAUUAUUCUACAUUUUAUCGCCAAUUCCAACACUGGUGGCGAGACGUGUUUCUGAUAACUCAGGAAAUACUAGCAAUCCGAGUUUAGAAUUCGCAAUAUUCAUCACCAUGGGCUUCGUCGUUUCAUCCUUUGCUCUUCCAAUUGUUUUAGCGAGAUCGCCGGAGAAGGACCCAGUGAUACAAUGGGGAGCUUGUUAUUUGACAUUAGCGGGCAAUGUUGUCGUGUACCUGACAAUUGUUGGCUUUUUUAUGGCUUUUGAUCAGGACGAUUCUGAUUACAGUAUGUGGUGAAACAGCUGCAUAUAGUACUUAUUUGUCAUGGUGAAUAACAAACAAAAACAAAAAAAUAUAUAUAUACUAAAGUGAUAAACGAGAAAAAAAAAUCGAAGAAAAACGCCCCCCCGAAAAUAAGUUAUUAUACAAUAUACUUUAUAUAUUAAGUAACUGCAUAUGCAUACUUUAAUAUAUAUUAAGUAACAAAAACGUAUGCAUACUUUAUACGUCAUUUUAUAAAUAGAACACAAUUAAUUUGGAUGCUCUUUUAAAUUUUUGUACCAAUGUCACGUUGAAAGGAAAGAAAAAAGAGCUCCUUCAGUGCACUGACUGAUUGCUACGCUUUAAAAUGUAUAACAUCAAAUUUACAUUCUAUAUACGUUAAUUAUUAAUAUACAACUUACAAUUUAACUUGAAAUCAUUAGUAUAUAAGUUUAUAAAAAUUACCUAUUGGUAUUCGAUAUAUCAUUAUAAUGUAGAUUGUUUCAUUUUUCUUAUUAUAAGAACGUUUGUGUUCUUUAAGAUUAAUGUUUUGCGCAUCGAUGCUAUAAACUUAAUAUCAAUUUUUACUGUUACUCAAUUAAUUUUAGUAUAAAUGAUAUAUUUCGAUAUGAGAAUUAAUUUUCUUUUUUUUUUAAUCGUUCUGUGUUAAAUGGUAAAGCAAGAUUAUUAUCGUAGUUGUAUGUGAUCAGGAAAUAAUAAUAAUAACAACGUUUACCAUUCCAA